AUCAGUGAAGUACGAUAACCGAUAAGUAUUGCCGUUUUUUUCUCAUGGACUUGUGACACUAGUUGACCAUAAUCAUGAGUCCGAAAACUCAGCAAUUUAAAGAGGUCCAGCAGUCGAAUACAGAGGCCGGUGAUAUAAAUAGUAAUUGGUGGCUACUCUUCGUGGGAAUUCUAAUUCUUACCGCUGCUACGAGGUUUUACAAAGUUUCUGAGCCUGAACAUGUUUGCUGGGAUGAAACUCAUUUUGGGAAGAUGGGAAGUUGGUACAUUAACCGAACGUUCUUCUUUGAUGUACACCCACCCCUUGGAAAGAUGCUCAUAGCUAUGUCAGGGUACCUAACAGGCUAUGAUGGCAGAUUUCCAUUUGAAAAACCAGGAGAUAAAUUCGAGGACACUAAGUACCUCGGUAUGAGAAUGUUCUGCACAUUUUUGGGUGCUACAAUAGUACCACUUGCCUAUCUGACUGUUUGGGAUCUUACAAAAUCGACAAAAGCAUCUGUACUCUCAGCAAUGUUCAUCCUCCUCGACGUUGGAUUAUUAACAUUAAAUAGGUACAUUCUCCUGGACCCAAUUCUCCUUUGCUUCAUGAUGUGUGCGACUUGGGGAAUGGCGAGAGUCGGUGCUCAUAGAGAUCGUGCCUUCACAAGUCCCUGGUGGGGCUGGUUGAUUUUCACUGGCGUCUCUCUGGCUUGCACCAUUAGUGUUAAAUUUGUGGGACUUUUUGUGGUCCUCCUCGUUGGUCUUUUCACAGUUUAUGAACUCUGGAGUGAACUUGGAGACCUAUCGAAACCUGUUAUCACCGUUGGAAAACAUUUAAUAGCCAGGGCUGCUUGCCUGAUUGUACUACCGAUUAUUCUGUACAUGGUGUUCUUUUACAUUCAUCUGGCAGUGUUAAAUAAAAGUGGAAGUGGCGAUGGUUUCUAUUCUUCGGAAUUCCAGUCCCUCCUUCAAGGGAACUCUCUUCACAACGCAACAAUGCCUCGUGAGCUGUCCUACGGAGCAACGAUUACCCUGAAGAAUCACCGUACAGGGGGAGGCUACCUUCACUCUCACUGGCACCUCUACCCCGAAGGAGUUGGCGCCCGCCAACAGCAGAUCACCACAUACUCUCAUAAGGAUGACAAUAAUUUCUGGCUCGUUAAAAAAUUUGAUACCGAAGAAAUACCCUCGGAACCGGAAAUAGUCAAACACGGGGAUCUCAUUCGCCUCGAGCACACCAUCACUUCUAGGAAUCUUCACUCGCACAAGGAAAUAGCUCCAAUCUCCAAGAAGCACUACCAAGUGACGGGAUAUGGUGAGAGUGGAGUUGGUGAUGCCAAUGACGUUUGGAAAGUUGUCAUUGAAAACGGAAACGAAGGAGAUGUUGUUCAAACAGUCACCAGUAAAUUGAAAUUCGUGCAUUAUCUUCAUCACUGUGUGCUGACCUGCAGUGGAAAGACUCUGCCCAAGUGGGGAUACAGCCAGCAAGAGAUCUCCUGCAACCCCAACAUGAGAGACAAAAAUGCUUUGUGGAAUAUUGAGGAUAACAGAUACGCAAAAUUACCAAACGUCAGCUUUCAAGUCUAUGCACCAGGAUUUCUGGCGAGAUUUUUCGAAUCACAUGCUGUUAUGCUCCAGGGAAACUCUGAUCUUAAAGUGAAAGAAGGAGAGGUGACCUCCCGACCAUGGCAAUGGCCGAUCAAUUAUCGAGGACAGUUUUUCUCUGGUAGUGAUCACAGAAUUUAUUUGCUCGGUAAUCCAAUCAUCUGGUGGGGAAAUAUUGUUUUCCUUUUUUUGUUCAUUGUCAUUUAUCUUUGGACCUCUGUGAGAGAGCAGAGAGGAUGCCAGGAGACAGAGCAAGUCACAAAGGAGAAAGAGAAGCUAAAGACUGCUGGGAUGUGGCUGUUCACAGGGUGGAUACUGCAUUAUUUGCCAUUUUGGGCGAUGGGACGUGUUCUAUACUUUCAUCACUACUUUCCAGCAUUGUUGUAUAAUUCUAUGCUCACUGGAAUCACCUUGAAUUUCAUCCUUGAUAGUCUGUUCUUCGUGCUUCCGAGAAGAGUGGCUAAUGUUCUUUAUCAUGUGUUACUGGGCAGUGUUCUGUCGUUCACCAUCUACAGUUUCUACCUAUUUGCGCCAUUAGCUUAUGGAAUGGAUGGACCAUCUGCUUCAGAUCCAGAGAGUCCGCUUCAUCCCUUGAAAUGGCUGGAAUCUUGGGAAUUUUAAGUGCUAUUGAACAAGCGGAAGACGUACUUAAAAGCAGAAAUGAGAGUGAUAUUUUAAAUAUUUUAUUACUGUUAAUAAAUCUAAUUUUUUGACCAAAAA